AUGGCGCCAGCGAUCCCAAGAAACGGUGAUGAAGAGACGGAGGAGAUAUCGAUUGCCGGGCGGACAAAAAUGACCGUCCCUAAAGACCGCAACAAUCCAGAAAGGCAAGUGCAGGGAUCGGGUACCGAUGAGCGUGUGGAAGCGAAGACAGAGCUCAAUAGUAUAUUAAAACGAUCGCCGAUUAUUAUCUUUUCCAAGUCCUAUUGCCCCCAUAGCGCCCGGGCCAAGUCUAUCCUCUUAGACAAAUACUCAAUUGUCCCAGCACCUUACGUGGUAGAGCUUGACCAACAUUCAUUGGGCCAACCGCUGCAAGCUCUCUUGGCAGAGAAUACUGGCCGCCGCACCGUGCCUAAUAUUCUAGUUAGUGGAAGAAGCAUUGGUGGUGGGGAUGAUGUGGUCGCUCUCGAUGAGAAGGACGAGUUGGCGUCAACAUUUAAGAAGUUGGGAGGACAGUGGGUCCAUGAGGUCAGUCGUAAUGAGGCAGGACACUAA